AUGAAAAGCCUCGAGCGCGCCGGAGACGAGUCUAUGGAAGAUGUCUUCCUCCAAGAUGAUCUUAGCCCGACCAUCGCAGAGCAUGCGGCACAAUGCCAGUCUCUUUUCCACAAGUACAUGAUCAUGCCGGAAAUCAUGCCAGACCCUACUAUCAUAGACGACCAGCUGGCACGCUUUUCUCUUCCCACAGCCGCGGAUAUCAUACAUCAGCUCCUGGAUAUUAUUUGCGAUACCUUGCUGUCUUUGAAGCCAAUCGACGACCGACCACCACAAGUUUCCAGCAGGAAGAGACAACGCAUUUCAGUACAUGGCAAUUCGGGAUUCACGAGGAGAGCCGACGACGACGCAAGCGAUUCAGAGAGCGAUAUCGAUCCAGCAGAAGAGAACAUUUUGAAGAUUACCGAGACAAUCGGCGGAACAUUGACGCGGCUCGUCCGUCUAUCCAACGCCGUUCGAAAGUCCGCCAAAGCCAACCGGGCUCGCAAGAUCGAAAGGUACAGAGACGACGAAGAGGCAAACAAGGCCAUAGACGAGUUGCGUCUCUACACCGAAUGCUAUAUUAAGUUCCGAUUCCCGGAGGCGCCGGAGGCGCUCCGCUCGGCAUUGGUCGAAGCCAACGCGCUGCGACUUCGACGGCCGUAUUAUCAGCGCUCCCAUCGAAGGCGCAUUGAUCUGAGUAUUCAGAGCCCGGAAACGACUCCGGCCGUUGUGCAUCUCCCCAAAACGACGGGGAGUGCGCCGGCUGUACGGUUUACGCCGAGCGCGCUGCCAAAGCCUGCGACGACGAACAAUAUGUCGGCCCCUUCGCCAGCGCCAGCAACGAAUGCGACUACUGCUCGACAAACUGCCGUUGCGGCCUUCUACGCCAAAUCCACAACCGAGGUUCCCCGGGCUAAAUCUGUUCUCGUGAACAACAAGUUGUCGUUCCCUUCCAUACCGCCGACGCAGCAGUGUCCAUACUGCGGCGUCAUUGUUGAGUUCAAGAACACUUCAAGGUUAUUGCUGUGGCAAAAUCAUGUCAUCGGAGACCUAGAGCCUUUUAUUUGUGCUUUUUCACACUGCCUAGAACGAGGUCACCACGACCACGGAACCGGUCCGCUCACAUUCGAAACGUCGAAAGCCUGGUCCAGCCACAUGCAGACUACUCACGGGCAUUCAUGGGAGUGCAGGGCCCCCUCUCACGAUCCAAUCGUCUUUGACCAAGAGAUCAAGUACCAGGAGCAUUCCAUCAAGGAGCCCGGCGUGCCUGAAGCGCACGCCGGGACCCUCAGCAACGCUGCACGGAGGCCAGUCCUCGAUAAGGUUCUGGAGUGUCCAUUUGGCGACGAUUUUCAACCCUCAGGAAAGGUCGAAUCCAGCACUGUCUUCUCGAGUGAAGCUCUUCAGUUACACGUCGCCGGUCAUAUGAAGGAAAUUGCUCUGCUUACACUGCAAAAACUUCCCAGCAAUGAUGACGAGAACGCGGAGAACGUCGACAGCGACCAACCGUUAGAAGACGAUGGGCCGGUCGGGGCUUUUGGAAUUACACGUGCAUCCAUGUACAGCGUACUGGACGACGAGCACCUGGAUUUCCAAGACGAUGACGCUGAGGCUGCAGAUGGCAAUGUGGGACACGGCGGAGAGGACAUUAGUGCACGGGUGUCAGUACUCGACCUAGAGGACAAAGACGACUUAGGGAUGACGAAGCUUCACCAUGCGGUGCAGGCCGGCGAUCUGGGCUUGGUUGAGUCCUUGAUCCAGAGCGGCGCAAGUGUAAAUUUUGGGGACGAAAAUGGCCAAACACCCCUACAUUACACUACGGGGAGGGGCUUCAUCGAGUGCAUGGAAGUCUUGGUCAAGCACGGUGCGGAUUUACAUAUCAUGGACAACUCUGGAUUUUCCCCGUUCCUCUGGGCUGUGGUUGCCGGGCAAGAAGGCGCCACUGCGGGACCGUUGUUCAUGGACGCUGAUGCCAAUUCAUCCAGCGCGGAUGGAAAGUCUGCGCUCUCUUGGGCAGCCAGUCUGGGAUGGUCUCCAAUUGCUAAACUGCUUGUUGAACACAGUGCCAGCAUAUCUGAUACCCGAAACACGCAGCAGACUCUGCCUUUAGAAGAAGCGGCAGCUUCUGGCAACCUUGCCACAGUUCGAUUGCUCCUCGAAUGUGGUGAGGAUCCGAACCGUCGCGAUCACGAUGGUUGGUCCGCGAUACAUUGGGCAGCAGAGGAGGGCCAUCUGGAGAUCGCGACCCGCUCAGGUCAACAUGCCACGGCUGGACUGCAUUACACCACGCCGCCUUCAUGGGGCACUCCCAUGUCGUCCAGGGCCUCUUAG